UCUGACCCCCGUGUGUGUUUUGUAUAGAAGCAAUGAUCCCAUGCAUUCUCUGGAUGCCAGCAGCCUUAUUUGACCUGACAGCAAGAGGUCACACACAGAGCAUCCACCCGUACAUACACUGGGAAAGAAGAGAACAGGCAGGCGAGCAGAAUGUGAUUAACGCACACUCACACACUCUAAUCUCUCGCUCUCUUUCUCGAUCCAAGUGUGUGUGUUCUGUAGUCUUACCACAGGGUGUCGCCUCAGCACCUGGCCUGACCGAGGGAGUGAAUGAGCUCUUUCUACAUUUACAGAGAGGCUCUCUGCGGUCUCUCUUUUCAUUCUCUCGCUCCCGGAGUCCAUUCUGCUAUCGGGUGUGUGUGAUCAAACGUGUUCUCCCUCCUACCUUUUCUCUCUUUCUCUCCGUUCCGUAUCUCUCAGUUUGCUCUGUUUACUCAGAGCGGCUGUCGUCGAGUGUGUGUGCGCGCCAGUAUGCCAUGUCGUCUCUGAGUUCGUCGUUUGUCCAGAUAAAACAUGAGGACCUGCGGUUCUAUGAGAACUGUGGAGGGGGCAGCUUUGGGAGUGUCUACCGAGCACACUGGAUAUCUCAGGAUAAAGAGGUUGCUGUGAAGAAACUACUCAAGAUCGAGACUGAGGCUGAGAUACUGAGUAGCCUCAGUCAUAAGAACAUUAUUCAGUUCUAUGGCGCCGUACUGGAGUCCCCCAACUAUGGCAUCGUCACAGAGUAUGCGGGCGGAGGUUCUCUGUAUGAGUACCUCUCCAGUGAACAGAGUGAGGAGAUGGACAUGGAACAAAUCAUGACCUGGGCCAUGGAGAUAGCCAAAGGAAUGCACUAUCUUCACUCGGAAGCACCAGUCAAAGUCAUUCACAGAGACCUCAAGUCGCGAAACGUGGUGCUGACUGCAGACAAAGUGCUCAAGAUCUGUGAUUUUGGAGCGUCUAAGUUCCAGUCCCACACCACCCACAUGACAGUGGUGGGCACCUUCCCCUGGAUGGCCCCAGAAGUCAUACAGAGUCUACCUGUGUCAGAGACCUGUGAUACCUACUCCUACGGCGUGGUGCUAUGGGAGAUGCUGACACGGGAGGUUCCGUUUAAAGGCUUCGAGGGGCUGCAGGUGGCUUGGCUGGUGGUGGAGAAACAAGAGAGGCUGACCAUCCCCACCAGUUGUCCGCCUAGCUUCGCUGACCUGAUGAAGAAGUGCUGGCAGGCCGAACCAAAGGAGCGUCCAGUGUUUAAGCAGGUGUUGGGGACUCUGGAGACCAUGUCUAAAGACAGCAGACUACCAGAACAGUGUAACUCCUUCCUACACAACAAGGACCAGUGGAGGUGUGAGAUAGAUGCCACGUUGGAGAGGUUGCGGAGGCUGGAGAGAGACCUGAGUAGCAAAGAGAAGGAGCUGGAGGAGAGAGAGCUGAGGCUGAGACUGUGGGAGGAGAGACUGAUGGAGAGGUCCAAUGUCACCCCUUUCUUCUCCCCCAUGGCAUCAGGCAUCAGCUCGGAGUCGUUCUUCCGUUCUCAAUCUCAGGAGUCCAACAGCGCCAAGAUAUCCUGCCUUAUCAGAACCCUCAGCAACGGAGAGAGGGAGAGGGGUGUGGAGGGAGGGAUAGACAGGGGGAUAGGGGGGUUCCAGUCCAUGAUUAGGGGCUUCUCAAGCAGUCUUGGGGAGACGGAUGGGGAUGGAGGGAUAGAGAACUCUUCUAAGACCUGUAGCGUGCGACAUGGAACCAAAAUCAAUAUGGCCGCCGCGACGCUGGACAUGAACAUGAUGGACCUGGGCUGGUCUGACGAUGACAGUGACUAG